GCCUCCUGAGCUCCAGCCAGCAUGGAGUACGAAGCAGAAUACCCCUUUGCCCUGCCAAUCAUAAUCACAGCUUUGGCCCUGGUCCUAGCUACGUUGCUGCUUAAACUACGCUCUGGAGGGGGGAAACCUCAGGCUGAAGUUGUGGAGGAAGACAAGGAAAAAGUAACAGAGACUUUGGAGAAAGAGGAAGAGGAAAGGAUACAGGAAGAAGCGGCAGACGUAACGGAGGUGACAGAUGAAACGGAUAGUGGAAAGAUUCCAGUGGAGGAAAUUGGGGCAAGAGAAGAGCCACCUCUAGAGGAGGCAAAAGAGCCAGAGCCAGUGCAAUCUCCAGCCAAUCAGACAAGGACGCCCAGCCAAUCAAGCCAGGAAGAAGAUGACAGUAAGGAGGAGGAUGAGUUGGAGCCAGAAGGUGACAAAGUGCUGAAGAUCAGUGAAGCUGAUGAUGCAGAUGAUGAGGAUUCUGCCUUUAAAUACCAUCCUGGAAAGAUGCGUGGAAGUGAAUUCCAAAAGAUAUUUACCAAAGAUGAACUAGACGAAGAGCAAAGGGUUCAGAGGGAACAGCUGGGAGCCAUAUUUCAACUGAUGGAAAACAACAAGAACACUUUCGGGACAAUGUCUGAAGAGGAUCUGAAGGAGCAGCUCAAACUGUACAACAUGUAACACAUCACCUAGUGGUAGUGGGUGAUACUGCAGCGCAAGAUGCUUAAAGACACAGAAACGGUGACCGGCCAAUAGAGUUCUGCAAUAACGUGGCAGUGUUUAGCACAGGAGGGCACACGGAUUUAUAAACAGAACACUUAGUAACCUCCUUCUGUCUCUAAAAGUAACUGUGAUGGUGGAGUGAAAAGUGUGAGGCUGGUAAAUGGUACUUUGUUUUGUUUUUAAGGGAUUCUAUACUAUACACAAUUACCUUCUAUUUUCCUUUUUAGAGGAGAUGGUUUAUCAUAUGCCCAGAACAUUUUCCCUCUGUAUAUCAGGAGGUGCCAUAAUGUUUCCCUUAGACAUUUGAGCAUGAGGGUAUAGCUUAUUGUGAUAUGGUUACUAUGCGUUGCUGCCCAGGAGCAAAUGUGCUCUGUGUUUAGAAAUGAUCACCCAUAUCUAUGUAAAAAAACUUUUAGUGGCCAGCUCUCUUGAAUAUUCCAUGAUAGUCCCAGCCAGUUGAUAUCCAAAGGGAUUGGGUUUAGCAUAUAAUUAGCAGAUCACAUACAUAGCUGGGGUGAAUCAUGGCCUUCAGCAUCCCAUAAUUCCAUUUCUAAAUACUAGCAAGCACAGCUCUUUGUAUCUAAAUAUAAAUAUGUGUAUUGUAUAUCGGACAACCUCUUAAGUGCAUUUAAAAUUGUUUCCAAAACGCAAAAUAAAUAAGAUGAUAAUCUUCAAGUGCAGAAUGAACUAUUCCAACAAAUUAAAGGCAAUGUAAACCCUUCUAAUAAACAGAGUGCAUUUAGUCUUUAAA